ACAUAUAUCAAUUUUUAUAUCAUGUGCAUAUCAGUUUUUAUGCUAAUCUAUUUUUUCCAGCGUGCAUAUUCGUAACAAAGACAUAAAUACAGACGUCAAUAGACGUGCCGAGGAAGUUUAUAUCACGAAAAUAUUUUUUUCUAAGAAAUAACCUUUACUUAUGUUUACUUUAUAAUUCAAAGAUAUUUAUGCCUUUUAUGAUCAGAUAACUGUUGUCAUGGCUUUAAAAUUUGCCAGUAAUCUGUCUUUUAUGUUUACUGAGGUUCCUAGUAUUAUUGACAGAUAUCAAUUGGCCAAGCAAGCUGGAUUUAAAGCAGUUGAAAGUGGAUUUCCAUUUGGUUUCUCCGUUCAGCAAGUUGCCACAGCUAAAAAGAAGGCUAAUAUUGACCAAAUACUUUUGAAUGUAUUCACAGGUGAUGUCACAAAAGGAGAAGUAGGCUUUGCUGCCAUUCCAGGUGAAGAAGAAAAUUUCAAAAAAAGUAUCGAGAAAACAAUAGAAUAUGCAAAUGCUUUGAACUGUAAAAUAAUUCAUGUAAUGUCAGGAAAAGUGGAGGCUCCCACUGCUGCUAAUGAUAUGGUUUAUGAAAAAAAUCUAUUGUAUGCUAUCGAAAAGUGUAAAAAAGAAGACAUUGUUGUUGUCAUUGAACCAAUUAAUAAUUAUAGUGUACCAAAUUACUACAUGAAUAAUUUUCAGAAAGGUUUAGAUUUAGUGAAAAAAAUAAACAAUGCACACUUCAAGCUAUUGAUGGAUAUCUUUCAUUUACAACAUUGUUGUGGUAAUAUUACAAAAUGCAUUCAAGAUUUUUUACCGUACAUAGGUCACAUUCAAGUAGCUCAAGUUCCUGAUAGACAUGAACCAGAUACUCCAGGAGAGAUUGAUUAUAAAUAUAUCUUGUCUUUAUUAGAAACAACUGGUUAUACUGGCUAUGUUGGUCUGGAAUAUCGGCCAAAAUCAUUAACAGUGGAAGGGUUAAAUUGGAUUAAAAGAUACGGUUACACUUUGUAA